AUGCUGCCUGCCUUGCCAUUUCCUCGCCUCCCCACCUGCUGCCGUGUCAUCCGCCUCUCCAUGGAGCCGGUUCAGCGGCCCUUCACUCUCUCCUGCUCACUUCCCUCUUUCCUCCCUCCCUUCUACCCUGACUGCCAGGCCCUCUGCUUCAAGCCUGUUCAAGGCUCGCUGCUCCAAGCCUCUACUGGAGUGCAAGGCGCAGCAGGAAGGCCCACGAGCAUGGCACAAGAGGAAGGCGCAGGACCAAGGCCCAUCAAAGCACCAUCAACGCUUUACACAAAAGAUAAGCCCUCACCUAUGGUUUCUUUCUUACCCACUCCGUUCCUGUUGCACACGAAAAGCUCUCCAGCCCACAUCCCGACAUGCUCUGCAAUGGCAUGCAUACCCCCCAUCUGCCUUCCUGCUUGCUGUCAUGCCAACCACCCCUCCAUAGAGCCUCUCCUGGUGAAGGUCCAGUAUCACCCUAUACUCACUCCCGUUCCCUCCCCUCUUCCCUCCCCUCUUCCCUCCCCUCUUCCCUCCCCUCUUCCCUCCCCCCGCCCUCACCUCACCCCCGACUGGCGUGUUGGCACUGCAGCAUGCCCCGUCUCAUCUCAUCCCAUGCCAUGCUCUCACCGCGCUCAUACCGCCACCCUCCCUGCACAUGAAUCCUGGCCGUGCGCUCACUCUCUUCUCCCGCCCUUGCCUGCUCGCAUGGCAGAUGCACCGUCCCAGCGCCCCUACUCGCCCAGGGGUCAGCAACAGGGGCAGCUCGCAGGUCAACUCGACGGCCCACAGCGCUGCCAGGGGGCGCCUCUCCCUGCUCCUCGUGUCUGUAUGCACGGGGAUGGGAGGGAGGCAGCACUGCCUGCAGCAGACUUGAAUCGCUGCCACGAGGGAGAGUAUGGGGAUGGGCUUGGCCUCUCAAGCUUGAGUCUGCUCCUUGUUUCUGCCAACUCACCUGUUCCUCCUCCCGCCCUUCCUCUCCUGUCCCUCCUCUCCAUUGUCUAUGCCCGCUACCAGCUUGAGAGUGGGAGCACAGGAGCAAGGGCGGAGUGGGGAGUCGACCCAUUCACCCACCUCCUCCUCUCUCCCUUUUCCCUUCCCUCCCAGCAGCACCCUGCCUAG